AUGAACAAUAACCCAGGCAACAACAACAACGGAGGUGUGGGUGCUGCCAGGGCUCGCAACAAUGGAGCCAGGGGUGGAGAGAACAACCCCUUCUUCCACUUACAGAACCGCCUGUUUCACGCUUUAUUUUAUCGCAUUGCCAUCACAUAUGCUCGCACAUUUCCACGGCCAAUUCGAAGAAUUUUGGAAUUUACUUUACUGCUGAAGGCAUUGUUUGUGCUGGGCAUACUUGUAUAUAUACACGCUGUAUUUGCCAAGUCACCCAUGAACUGCUUGGAACAUGUGCAAGACAUUUGGCCAAGGGAUGGCAUCCUCAGAGUUGAAAUUGUGCGGAACGCACCAGAUAAUUACAGUCUCUACAACUCUUAUAAAAAGGAAUACUCAGAUAUUCAACUGUUCUUUCAAGCUUCCUUAGAAGAGUUGGGACUAGAAGCAGAAGGUGGCCAUAAAAGUUUAUAUAAUAUAUCAAGAAAGCAGAGCCCUAAAGACGUGAAGAAUAUUGAUGAUGAAGUGAGUUUUGUUGAUGGAUUUAGUUAUGCAAACGAAAGUUUGGCAGGAGGCGGCUUUCAGAUCUUCAGGGCUAAAAAGAAUCAAUUAACAGGAGGUGGUGAUGCAUAUGAUGACAAUUUCGAAAGUGAUUUCACAGCCAGAGGUGAUGUUUCAUAUAGUAAAGCAGAGAACCAGGGGGUUUCAGAAGCAGAAGGAGGACGUGGGACAUCUGAAGGACUGGAUGAUGACGAUGAUGCUGAAGGUGACAGCCGUUCCUUUUAUGAAGCAAAGGAAGCCAGCACACCAUGGAGUUACUUGUUGAGUCUAAAAAUCUGGGACUUCUUGUUUGAUGAUGAAGAAAACACCAGUGAUGUGGACGAUGAAAACUCAGUUGAUGUUGGUGAUGAUGAAACUACAACCACAGAUUCCUUGAGCAGAACACGCAGGAAUUAUUCCCAUCCAGACUUUCUGCAUGCUCAUUUAACAGAUGGGCCCAAUGAAUUGGAAAUGUUAACCAAGGCUGUUUGGCCUGAAGAGAAGUACAUAGUCGAGUACUCCCUGGAGUAUGGUUUCUUGAGACUAUCACCCAAAACACGCAAGAAGCUGAACAUCACCGUCAGGCUGGUCGUCUUAGAUCCUGAAAAAGACGUCUGCUUUGGUGAUGGUUUCAGCCGGUUUUUGCUAGAUGAGUUUCUGGGUUAUGACGAUAUUUUAAUGUCAAGCAUCAAGAAGCUUGCAGAAGGAGAGAACAACAAAGGCUACCUGCGGAAUGUUGUGACAGGGGAACAUUUUCGUUUUAUCAGCAUGUGGAUGGCACGCAGUUCUUACCUGGCUGCCGCCUUUAUUAUGCUUAUCUUUACUGUGUCAGUGUCAACACUUCUGAGGUAUUCCCAUCAUCAGAUUUUUGUUUUCAUCAUGGAUUUGCUGCAGAUGUUUGAUUUGAACAUAGCAAUAGCUUUCCCUGCAGCCCCACUCUUAACCGUCAUAUUAGCGCUUGUUGGUAUGGAAGCAAUCAUGUCGGAGUUUUUCAAUGAUACAACCACAGCAUUUUAUAUCAUCCUGAUUGUAUGGAUUGCUGAUCAGUACGAUGCCAUUUGUUGCCAUACCAACAUUAGCAAGAGGAUCUGGUUACGAUUUUUCUACUUGUAUCAUUUUGCGUUCUAUGCCUACCAUUACCGCUUCAAUGGUCAGUAUAGCCCUCUCGCUCUGUUCACUUCCUGGCUUUUCAUACAGCACUCAAUGAUCUACUUCUUCCACCACUAUGAACUACCUGCCAUACUACAGCAAGUCCGCAUCCAAGAGUUAUUUGCUGAACCAGCUCAACCUGGAGCCGAAGCUGAGGAUCAGCAGCAACAGCCGCCCAACAACCCUGAAGAUGGUGGGACGCCUGUAGAUGCCAGCGAGACUAAUUUAAAUGGCAACUUAGAGGGAAAUGAUGGUAGCGGACAAAAUGGUGUGUCAGGCAGCGAUGGGAGUAAUGGGUCAGGGGUUGCGGGUCCGGGAACUAGCGUUGACAGGGACACAAGUGAGAAUCAUGCCAGCAACGGGAGGAACUCACAAACAGACGCAGUUCCCAGAGAAAUUUUGAGGCUGGAUAACAUUAAUGUCAACCCAAGGGAUGGGGCUGCAGGCCUGACAGAUCUGUUUAAUAUCCUGCGCAGAUCUAGAUUUCUGCAGAAUUAUAUCAGUCGCCAGCCUGGCCUUGAAGGCAGAGCUGCUCCGGCUGCUAACUUGAGGAAUGAAAGUGGUAAUGGGAACUAUGAAAUAGAGCGUGUUACUGUUUACACACAGAGCAACAUCUACAGGCUCUUUCGUCGUCUGAGAAGCACUAACCGAAGACCUGCAGAGCAAAGUGCUGCAUCUGCUAACUCUUCCACUAGUGGUUCAGAGAGACAUCCAAGUGGUACUGAACAGGCUGGUGUUGAAACUGGGAAUGAUUUCAAUAAUGAAACAGGCGGCAGUUCAACUCACAUACAAGAUAACACAGACCCUACAACAACUGCUAGCCACUCUAAUGGUGGUUCAAAAAGCCAGCCAGAUGUUGUUCCACAAACUACUGCUGCAUUUUCUAAUAGCUGCUCAGACACAGAUUCAGGCAACAUCCUGCGUUCUAGUCAGUCUGCUCAAGCUGCAGCUGUUUCCAGUAGCGGCUCCGAUAUCGUUUCAGACAAUCCUGAACAUACUGUGACAUCGAUGUACACUGCCAGUCGUCCAAACGGCAGUUCACAGAAUGCUUCAGGUGAUGUCCAUACCAGUUCUUGUGACUGUUUAAAGGUUAUUCCCUCAACUGAUAGAUCCUCCAUUGAUAAUGACACCUCAUAUUUAAGCAAAGAAACAUCUCUGGAUGCUAACAUCAGCAGUAACAUCUGUUCUGUCAUCAAGCAGGAUGGAAAGUCGUGUCCAGUUGCUGGCCCUGGUCAAGAACCUGUCUCUUCAGAAAUAUUUCAGGCAAAAUCCAGUCUGCAUCCUGAUCAGAAGCUUAGAAUUAACUCUGGAGCAACCGACACAAGUAUUGUUAAUUAUAACCAAGAUGUAAAACAUAGCAACAAAAAUAACCCAGUUAUGUCUGCAGUCUUUCAGGAUAUGGAUUAUUCUUCUGCUGAGCAGAAGAUCACUUAUCUUAACCAGUCUGAAAUUAGUUCUCCAGCUUUGGAAGUAUGCCAACUCAACAGUGCAGAUUCUGCAGCCAGACAAGAGUUGAAACUCCAGCAUCCAAAUUUAGACUGGCAGGAGUCUUCGCGUUCUGGUGCACUCUGCAGCACCCCGACAUCUGCCAGAUUGCAUUCUGCACCAAGUUCCAUUUCAGAAGUGCCUUCAUCCUUAGAAACAACCAGCACUUCUGUGGAUAAAGUAGUGAAGAGCAUGCCUCUGAUACAGCCGUCGCCCACCACAAGUGAUGUUUAUAACUGUGAUCAACAACAAGUCUCUGGGAACUUUGACACCUCAGACACACAGGAUGUCAGCCACGAGGGCACAGCUGUGUAG